GGUAAAGUUACGCGCCGUUAAAAAAGUACCUUCAUCGAUCAAAAUUUCCUUUCGCCAAUACUUCAAUGUUUUUGGUAUUUAUUUCUAUCUUUUUAGUUCUUGUUGUUGAUAGGAGUAAUGUACAUAGUACAAUUGCACUGUUGGUGACGUCCAAUUGGCAAUAAAUUACGCAACAUCUUAUGAAAAAAUUAAUUUCAUUCUAAAAAUGACGAGUGACAUUCAAACAUGGCGACUGCGCAGUAGGAGUCAAUACCGUAAUGUUACCUCUUUGUAGAAAAAGUAAUUAGGUUAGAAGGAACUGUACAGUUAUGUUUUCUUUUCUUGCCAAGGUUUAUGUGAACUUUAAAAAAAAAAAUCAUAUAAGUCCUCAACAAUACAGAUUGUAAUUUACUAUUUGUAUUUUUUCCUCCAGUUUCAGUAACUUGAUAUCAUAUCGGGUUAAGGGUUGGUUUCGACGCCAUUACCAGUGGUGAAAUUCAGCUAAUGUGGAAUAGGUGUUGUUCAGUAUGUUCGAAAGGUUGACGUGAAAUUAUAUAUUGGGAGGAGGUGGAAACAUCUUAUCAGGAUGCCGCUCCCGAAAAGGACGGUGGAGCCUGUACACAUCUCUCGGGGGACCCUCCCCGAAGAGAUGAACUUUCCAUCGGAAUUGGAGGCAGUUACUAACGGAUGCUUAGCUAAUGCUGUAAGGCAACUAUCUUCUCUGUCCAAACAUGCCGAGGACCUCUUCGCGGAGUUGACACGUGAUUCCAAAGGAAUAGCUGCUAGAGCCAACUCACUACAGGCACGCCUCGACAGACUUGCUCUUAAAGUCACCCAACUCGAUUCCACUGUUGAAGAAGUUUCUCUGCAAGAGAUUCACAUGAGAAAAGCUUUUAAAAGUUCGGUCGUAUUUGAUCAACAAGUUGUUUCGAGGGAUACAAUGCCUACGGCUAUGAUGGAGACUUACAAAGUUUGUGACAAACCUCCACCUCUUGACAAACUUAAUGCUUACAGGGAAGAUGGAAAAGAUGGCCUCAAGUUUUAUACAGAUCCUGACUAUUUCUUUGAUCUUUGGCGCCAAGAAAUGCUUAAGGAUACCGAAAGGAUGAUGCAUGAUCGUUGCAAGAGGCCUCACAAGGUAAGGGCCGAAGGAGGUAGGCAGAAAAAGAGAGUGCGACAACCUCACAACACCCGCGAGAGACAGCGCCAAAUAGCUGUCGGCCAUGGAGAAUAUAUCAUGCCUCAGACAACUAUAGGUACUUUACAGUAUCGCUCAUCUAUUGACCAUGCUCACAUGCAGAUUUAUGGUACCAUGGACAGAGUUGACAAUGAAGAACUGAGGCCGUCGAGACCAAAUAGUAUCGAAUUGAAACGAAGUUACCCAUCUAAAGUAAUCUAUAGCCCAACGCAGCAGCACCAUAAUCAGUAUCAAGCUAGCCAUUAUCAGAGAGGCCUCGGCCUUUCCCAAGAAGACUCUGGUAUUGGUAGGUAUGAUGACGAGCAGGGCAGCGUCGGCAACGGAGGAGAGGCAGCCUACACCAGCCCUCGCAGACCCACCCAACCUCCACCAGCUCCUCCGGCGGUCACCAAUACUUCUACCAAUAGCACCCCAACGCUUUCCUCUGGAGUGAACACACCCACAAGAGGCUCGAGGAGUGUAUCUUUGGGGAGGGAGGCACUGCCCCCGCCGCCACCCCCUCCUGUGGACCUGCCGCCCCCGGCACCCCCUAGCCCGCCGCCACCAGCCCCCUCCUCCGCCUCCGCCACCCCCACCUCCUCCAAUAUCUUCAGGGCCGAGCCCUCCUCCACCUCUAUCCAAUGGUGACAUAGUGCAUCCGCCUCCUCAACCGCUACCGAUUAUGAACAAUACCAGUGCAGUAACCACAAUGAAAAUGGUCACUUCUCCCCUCACUGACGUGGUUAGGGCUGCGAAAACAGGUCAGCCGCCACAGCCUCAGUACGAUCCUAGAAGUGAUUUGCUGAAGGCUAUUAGAGAUGGAAUAAAAUUGAGGAAAGUAGAGAAGAUCGAACAGAAAGAAGGUGAACGAGUAAAUGCUCUUCACGAUGUUGCUUCAAUACUCGCUAGGAGAGUUGCUGUCGAGUUUUCAGAUUCGGAAUCUGGCUCGGAUUCCGAAUACGACAGCGAAGGAUGGGGAGAAUCCACCACGUAACAGAGCGUGGCUAUUCUGCAGGCGCUGGUGGACAGCCAGCCGACGGAGGUGAAGGGUAUCGCCUCCUGCCUGUCGGGCUGCCUCUGCGUCCUCUCUUGUCUCUCGGCCAAGGUAUUCUGUGGACUCACGAUGGCUGUCUCUGAUGAUACAGGAAUAUUCUCACGGAGUCAGAGUCUACCGCGCAUUGUUUAGGUUAGCUAAUUCUUCCUAGAACCUUUACUUCAUUGGUAAAGUUUUAGUAUUUGUUUGUAAUAAUAUUUAAUAAGUUAAAAAAAAAAGAAAAGAAAUUUAAUAAGAAUGUAACCUUCAUAUAGUAUAAAGUAAGCGUCGCUGUUUAAUUAAAUACUAGUCUUCCUUACUCAGAAAAAUUUUAAAUAGUUUUGCAGCUUGGCAAUGUCUCUCGUGAAAAUAUAUAUAUAUAUUCAAAUCAAUAGCUAUUUGUUCAAUAUUCUCUAAGAAAGUUUGAUAUCUCAUUUCACCUAAAUUAUUGAUCCAAGUUAGUUUUGAAAGGACAUUUAUUAAUUUUUGUAGCGAAAUUGAUCUAUAAUUUUUAUAUACAUGAAAUACACUUUAUAUUCCUCCUUUCGCUAUUAUUGUACCUGCGUCUUCUUUUCUAAAAAUAUAUACAAAAUAUUGAUCAGUUGAAUUGGUUGUUAAUACUAAAACUGACAUUUAAAAAAAAAAAACUAACUAUUUAUUUAAUUUAUUGUCGAGUUUGAUUUCGAAAUUGGAUUGGAAAUUGUAUUAAUUAUUAUUUGUAUAAAGGAAAAUCAUUAUAUAAAUAAUUAAUAAACCAAAGAACUGAGAAUACUCGUAUUUUUCAUUAUUUAAUCUUUUGUUUCAUUUUUUUCUUAAAAAUGUUUAGUUGAAUAAUUUUUAAAGCAAAAUUUAAAAAAAAAAAAUUAUAUACCAACUCUCUCCUUCUAAUUUUUUGUGUUCUGUAAAUUUGUUGAGACAAAAUAUUUUUAAAACAAUUGUUCUCGUUUAUUUUUUAUGUAUCAAGAACAUACAUACAUUUUUUAAAGUUAUUUUUAUAAAUAUAUUAUCAAUCAUUAACACAUCCUUUUCAUCCCGAAAUUCUUAAUAAUUAAGAAAUUGGAUUAUUUUCAAGAUUUACUCCUAUUGAGUUUCCUUCUUUUUUUUUAACGAAUUUACAUCGAGAACCUUGCUUUUAUUUAAACCACUCAAUUUUUAUCUCUUUAAAUCUUUUUAUUUAGGUAAGAUUCUUGGUUGGUGUGAUUAACUCUAUUUACUGCCACUUGCCUUUUUUUAUUUGUUUUUUUGUACAUCGAAAUAUGUAGGGCAUCUAGAAAAGAGACUCAAAUUAGUAAUUGAUCAGCUUCUUUCAUAAGCUUAUAACAGCUUCUAAAUCAUGUCAUGUAAUUUACUUAUGUGAGCUAUUAUUUUGUAUUUAAAGUAUAACAAUCAUCGUUCAACGGCUAUUAUAAAAAAUAACAGAAUUCAGUGAGCUCAAAAUUUUGAUGGCCUUAAAACUUUUUCAAGUUUUGUUUAAUACAUCCUGAGUCGAAGUCAGUCAUGAGAGUUGAUUUUAGUUUAGAAGUCAUAACAGAAUGUUUAAAUAAUUCUCUAUAGUAGUUCAAGGCACAAAAUUAACUGUAAAGAUUAUAGCUAUAUGAGCACAAGACGAUAGUAAUGUAAGUUAUAUCUAAUUGUAAAAGCAUUUAAAACUAGAAUAAGCAGUUCGGAGGCUAGUAAAUUUACAUUUAAAAACUUAAAAAUGUAUUACAAUUAAAAAAUUAGACUAUAGUUUUUAUAGAUGAUGAAUGCAUUCCACUACAGCUAUCGCUGAAUUGCUCAAAGUCGUAUCGCAGUUAGAUCUGCCUAGCUUAUCGUCUAUAUUAUAGUUAUUGUUUUUGUGUGAUUUCAUUUUUAGUUUGAUAUCGAGCGUGAAAUUCAUGAUAUCUAAACUGUCUUUAAUCAUUGAUGUUGGAAUAAAUUUAAGUAAGAAGACUGAGAAAUGUUUUUAUUUUUAAAUAAUUUAAAAAAUCUUUUAUUUCUUUUUGUUUCUACCACCAGUUAUAUAUGAUUAAUUUUUUUAUUACAGUAAAACCUCAAUAAAAGAAGUUAAUUGUAUAGGAUAGCAUAUAUUGUACCAAUCCGAAAGUUUUCACGGGUCACUUUGACGACUUUUAAAGUUACAUCGAGUCGCUUAUACUUAUAGAAAGCAUAAUACAAAUAAUAAAAAAAGAAUGAGACUUCAUUUACUCUAUGACUCAAUAUAAUUAACUCUCGAGAUUUUAUUUCUAUUUUUUUUUUUUUUUUUUUGCUGUUGUUUCCUAUCUUUUAGUGAUACUUGGCAUUUUAACAUAUCAAAUAUAGCAAUUCCACCUUAUAACACUUGGACAUGCAAAUUUUCAUCUAUUUAAUUAAUAUUUUUGGUAUUUAUACAACGAAAAAUUAAGUUUCAAUAGAGAUACAAAAUCUCCCUUCCCCCUAAUUGGGGAUGCCUAAAAUGUACCAAUAUCAACCAAUUUUUUAUUUUAAUUCUUUUUUUUGUAUAACCUUAUAAUUCAGGAUUUAAGCCAUGAGCUCAAAUACUGAUUACUUCGGUGUCUUCUUUAUCACUUUCAAAAAACCUUUCGAAAGGUUUCAAGCAUCAGUACUUGGCAUUGAUAUUAUUUUUUCAAAUCAAUUAACUCUGGUAAACAUAAAGAAAUACUGAUCUGGCUUUAAGUGAUAUAUAAAAAAAAAAUUGUUUAAGUAAUAAAGUAAUAAUCAUUGUUCCAUUACUGGUUGCAUUAUUUGUUUUGUUUUAUUUCUUUUAUUAUAUACAACAUCAGUUGAAUACUCUAAAAAAUAAAUAAUAAAGUUUUAUUGUAUACAUUUAAAUAUUUGAUACUUAGGUUUCCUAUUUAAUGUAACCGUCAAAAAUAUUUUACUGUAGAUUUAAGAUCAUUAAUAAAGAAUUAUUCCUGUCUACAAAGAUUAAAUUAUAAGAUGCUAUCUAUAUGUGAUUUUUUGUACGAUGAAGCUGUCUGAUGUCUUGUUUGUUUUUUCUAUAAAGUAAUUUAUCUCAGGUAAGGGGCUGUUUUUGAUAAUGCUUGGUCAUGAUUUCAUAUUUUGGGAUGUGUUUAGAAUUGAACUAUGUAUCUAUUACGUGUAUAAGGACUAAUCGGCUUUUGAUUGAUGUAAUUAUUCAGAAUGGGUGUUGUAUUGAAAGUUCCAAUGUAUAAUAAAACCUAAACAAUCGCAUGUAAUAAAUAUUUGUAUGUAACAGUUUAUUUAAGCUUAUAUUUUAAUUUUAUUUUUAUUUUGUUUCCUUUCAUACAUUUCUAUUAUUGUUAUUGAUUUUUAAAAAAACGUUGCCAAUUAACAGGCACAGCCCGUAUAACAAGAAGUUCUGUGUUUUACGAAUUCCAUUUCACUAUAUAAAAAAAAAUAGCACAAAAAGAGAAACAAAUGAAGUAAUGUUGUAGAAAGUAUUAUGUAUUUUAUUAGUUUGAAAAUAAAUGUGUACAUAAUGUUUAUUUUUCUUCCGUUUUAUACAAAAUUAUCCGUUCUAAGGGCGAAACCUUCAAAAUCCUAUUUAUUGUCAAAACAAUUUUUUUUAUUCUGUUGUAUGAUAAAUUCUGAAAUAAACAAGGGAUCGUUAGAUUUCUCCUAAAAUUCAUUAAAAAAAAUUUCUCCCACUUUUUAUAACUUUAAAUUAUUUUUCUGAAAGUUGUGGAAAAAUAUUAUUUAUAUUCCAUCUUAUUAAAUUUGAUUCCUUUGUGAAAUAAAAUCUUCUUCAAAAAUUAAAUUAAAUAAGGAACAAGCCUUAAUUAUGUAAAGGUUAUAAUAGUUCGCUUCUUCGGGUCUUACCAUGUAUUUAUAAUAGGCAUUAUAAAAUAUUAAUUUUCUGCCUAUUUAAUACAUUUUAAUUUUUUAUCAGUUUCUUUGUAAUUAUUUAUUUAUUUGUGUUAUAUUUGAAGUUUAUAACAUAUGUAAAUUUUUUUUUCUUUAUUAACACUUAAGAUAUAUAUAAAGUAAAAUAUUUAUAUAUAAACCAUGCUGUAUUAUACUUUGAGAUAUAUUUCAUAUAUCUAUGUCUAUGUAUAUACAUGUAUAUAAUAACGUUUAUUAUGAUAAAAAGAGUAUUAGUAAUGGAAUAAUUUAUAUCCAAUAGCCAAAGUUUUAACCAAUUGUAAGAAUUAAUGUCUGUCAUAACUCUUCCAUACUACUUUGUAAAUAAAUAAUACGUGUAUUAUACUUUCAUUUUCAUCUUAGCGAGUAAGUGUAUAUUUAUAAAUGUAUACACUAGAAUGUAUAUAUACAUAAGGAUUGUGAUUUAUACGUUUGAUUUAUGAGACUUUGUUGCUAGAAGAAAACUCAUUUCAUUAGUUUUCAACAUUCCCAGUGAAUCUUAUUUUUAUUUUAUUUUUACAAAAGGUCACUAAGAAUGAAGAUAAUUAAAUAAUUAUAUAUAUGCUUGUACUAUAUUUAUAAAUGCCAAUAUAUAUAUAUAUAAAUAUAUUUAUUUAAAAAAUUAAUGUGUGUAAGUUUGAUAUUAUGUGGAUAAUUGUCUUAAUGAAGCUGUUUGUGAGAAAUAACGUUCAUAAAUUGUUUAGAACAUGCCUCAGAAGGAGUUAGAGAUCACAUUAUGCUUGAAAAAUUAAAAAGACAUUUUUUAAAGUUUAUAUUUUUUAUUAACCAUUUUGUUUAUUAUUUCCUAUUGCUCCUUUUUUUUAAAUUACUAACAUUUAAUUUAUAAUUGCUUGAAUGUUUUUCUUUUUAACUAAUAAUCAACAUGCGGGUCUUUGAAAGAAGUUAAAGAUUUGUAUCGUGCGCUAUUUUCUGGCAUUAAGCACCAGUCAGGUAGAUAGGAAAAAGUUUGGAAUUUCAUAAGCCAUGAAUUGAUAAACAUAGCCAAAAAUCAGAUUAUACUUUGCGUUUUAUGGUUCCGAUCAUUGUUAAGAGCCUUAAAAUUCAAAAUACUAUCUACCGAAAUCUAAGAAAACUCUGAGAGGUAUGUUAAUAUCAUGAAAGACAUGCGAAAAGAUUCAAUUAAUUAAAAUAAAUAACCCAAAAUACCUAAAGCUUUAAAAAAUAAGAUUUUUUGUUUAUUUAAUAAAUAUCUACAUACAAUUUUAUUUCUCAUCCAUGGUCGUUAAUAUUCCGAAAUUAUAAAUUAAAGAAUGUAUCGUGGUGGAUAGUAAUAUAAAUUCAAACAGUGAACGUUUUUUGAACAAAUAUUUUUAAAACCUUAGCUCAAAAAUAUUGUGCACAAAAUGUAUAGUUCUUCUUGGGCAUUGCAAAAAAUAAAAAUUGAUUUAUUGCAUAGUCUUGUAAUUACAGUAUUAGACAAGUAUUUUUAGAUUUGAUAAUGUUAAUAUUAGCUAUAAAAAAACUACUGUAAUUUAAUUUCUUGUAUUAAUUUGACACCCUAAAUUAUUCAAGUUUAUAAAAUUGUAUUUCUUUUUCACUUAAUUUUAAUUGUAUUGCCAUUUAAAUCAGUUUAAACACUUACUGUAAAUGAUCUACAUUAGUUAAGAUUAUGUAAUUCUGUGCAUCAAUAUAGACAAGCCUUAAAGUUUAUCGAAAAUAUUAAAUAAAAUUUCAUCUAGCAAUAAAUAAUCUUAUAGUAAAGUGAGGUUUAGUUUUAGGUUAUAUUAGAAUCAUUUGUUGUUAUCGCUACUAAAAUUUAUUAACAGACCCGCUGUUUCUGAAAUGAUGUACGUAGUUAAUUCCUUCAGUAAAUAACUAAAUGCUUAUUAACAAUAUUUAUGGUAUUAAUGUUUCCUGAAUAUCAAACGUAAUCCAUCCUUGAUGAAUGGUGUUUUUGUGGAAUGAAUUAUUUCUGAUCAAAUUAACUGCCAAAAAUGAAGGCCUUGAAAUUAAAUUAAAUAUAUUUAAUAUUUUUUUUAAUUUCCAUUCCACCAAAACAUGGAGUCAUCAAUUUUCAUAAUGGUACAAUUUCUUUUUUCCACAUUUUAUAUUUGUUAAUGAUAUCCAACUUUUGUUACAAAUAUUUUUAUAAGCCUUGUGAAGUUUUAUAAUAAUCGAAUUGUGUUUUGUCUUUUGGUUUUCCUUAACUACUUACAAUAAAAGUUUUUGUAAACUAUGAGAAAAAAGUCAGAGGCUAGUUCUAAGUAUUAUAAGCUUUUAUAAUCAAAUGAAAUUAUAAAUCUAAAAACUUAUGUAUAUUUUGUCUCUUACGUAUCCUUUCCUUUUUCUCCUAUCAAAUGUGUGAUGUAACUUGUGAAUUAUUUUGUUUGUUAUAAAGAUUUAUUAAUUGCUUAAAGAUUGUUUAUUAUGAUUCCAUUGUCCUUUCUACUAACUAAUAGUUACAAAUAAGAGGUUUUGUCAUGUUUUAUAUAAGUUGAAAAUAAAUUAAAACAAUUUAUCCCAACUCAGCAA